AUGAACCCAUCCGUAUGUAUCCAAUCACUGUGCAAGCAGUGUCCUCAGUUUUCGGAAAUGUACAAUCGUUUCCUCGAACUAUAUAACAAACGACUGUGGUAUCAGCUUACCCUCGCAUUACUCGAUUUCACUCAAAAAGAAGAAUAUUACUCGAAUAAUAAUAUGAUCACUUUAUAUGCAGGCUUUAUCGUGUCUUGCGAAGAACAUAUUGCUCCCAUGGAAUACGCGAUGCUGGUGUGUCAAAUUAGUCGUCAGUAUUACCCAGAUUACCUGAACACUCUGGAGUUCAUCAAAACCAUCGGAACUAUUGGCGAAGCCAAGGAAGUCUUCCGCAACCACGUGGAGCACAAGAAAGCGGUGACAAGCAGCGAACGUUCGCAAAUGCCGCGCCGCGACAAGAUCGGAGAGAACGCGUACAGCCGCUACGUGCUGGAAGUGGCGUGGCUGUACGUGAAGCUGAACCAGACGGACAUGGCGCAGGAGUACUUAGAAGAAGUGAAAAUGCUUCUGGACCACCAGCCCGUGGCCUCCUCGCGCCUCUACUCGAUCUAUUACCGCGUGAGCAUCGAGCUCUUCCGCACGAUGAACGAUGUGGACGGAAUCUACCGCAGCUCGAUCAAAUGGCUCGCCUACACGCCGCUGUCCUCCAUGUCCCUCGAGAGCCGCUGCCUGCUGGUCCACGACAUUCUUCGCUCCGCGCUGCUCUCGCAGGAGGUCUACUCCUUCGCCAACCUGUUAACCGCGGAAAUCCGCGCCAUCGCGGAGCAGGGAAACUUCCAAUGGCUGUUCGAGCUGCUCUCGCUGGUCAACAAGGGGCAGAUGGACCGGUGGCUCGCCAGCAAGGAGCACUACGCGCAGCUCAUGCGUAGCGAUGGGAGUUUCACGGGGAAACUGAACGGCGUGGACGAGAAAGUGGCGCUUUUGGCGGUGUUGGAGGCCGUGUUCGCGCGGCCGACCGGCGAUCGCGUGCUGCGAUUCGAUGAGAUUCAGGCGGUGUGCCGCGUGGACGAAGCGGACAUCGAGCCGUUUUUGAUUCAUGGCGCGCGGCUGGGGCUGUUUAAGUGUCUGAUCAACUCGCUGGAGAAGAAGAUGCUGGACCAGGAGCAGGUGGAGACGAUGACGAAGAUGUUGAAUCAGUGGGGACAGAGCAUUCACGACACGUUGUUGUAUGUGACGAAGAAGGCGACGGAGGAUUGA